AGUCCACGAUCAUCAUGGGCGCGGAGGGCGGCGUGCCGGGAGACGAGGGGGACGUCAUACACAUCGAGACACUCCUGGAGAAGGCGAAGUUCUACACUUCGCUGUGUCUGGGCACCACGGCCAUCCUCUCCGUGUUCGCGUUCCUGUUCCUGAUCCCGUUCGUGGUGGACCCUGCCAUCUCGACGAUCCUGGCGGACUACGAGAGCACGCCUGUCACUUGUGUGGCUGUGGGCCACGUGUACGCCGAGGGCCUCAGCAACUGCUCCUGGGCCUCGUGCAAGGAGGGCUGCACGUCCUCGGCCCUGCGCUGCCAUCAGAUACUCGUCAACUAUACCAGGCUCACUUUCGACGAGUGGUCAAAAGGUAACAUAGACAUCAACGCCCUGGAGUGGGACGUGGGUGAGACACGAUUCUUCAUCAACACCGAGGGCUGCGGUUACCCUCCGCGGGUCAACUGCUCGGAGUUCGCCAAGCAGUACGGGUACAGUCACCUGGGUACGCCGUUCCCCUGCUACUACAGUCGCACGUACCCCGACAUGGUGGUGGCGAGGUACAGCUGGGACGACAAUCUGCGACAUCUCGUGUUGUCUCUCGUCAUACCUAACGUCCUGUUCGGCGUCUCCAUCGGAGUUCUCAGUUACUGGUACUGUCCGGGCUGCAACCGCACUGGCUGUGGCGUCGAGAACACCACUUACGUCGAAAAGUUCAAUUCGAAAGACGAGGACGACGACAGCCUGGACGACUACGAUGAGGAGGAGGAAUACUGAUCCAGUUUACACCGGCUUCCCAUUCUCCCAUCCGUCCAGUCCUAGUGGAAGCCGCUGCCAUAUCAGGCGACACUCAGACGACAGCCUGGAGUCACAUGAACGUCACCGUUCUCUUGUGAUGCACUUUUCUUUCCGAGUUGAAGUACAUGUGAUAUUGCUUUUAUUUGUGUAUACGGAGCUGAAUCCAGAUGUGUAUCGUGCUGUACCUCUUGUACUUUUCGAUCGGUGGUGCUUACCUUUGUGUCUGUCUGACCUCUGUCUGCCCGAUGCUCAAAACAAAAGAUAUCAAAGAUUAUAUUCAAACGAAAUGGAAAUAGUUGAUCCCAUUUUUUGUGAUUCUUCCUUUUCUUCACCAACAGCCUUGCCCUAAGCGAAUUCACGAGUGCAGGCAGUUUGUUAACACUCUUACCACUCUGUAAUAUAUCCAUUUCUUCUGUACUGUUUACUACAAUUUGGGUAUCUCACUUUACUUUAAAUCACUUUCACUGUCACUAAAGCACAUUUUAACUUACUUGUUGUACUAUUUUGUAUAUAUUUCAUCAUAAUUUAGUUAGGACACUUUUACUAUGGCACCUCUUAGACACCAUCAUCACGUGCUAACGUCUUCCUUGUUAUUGAUUUUACUAACAUUUUCUUCCACUCUAUUUUCUCGUUGUAAGUAGCGACGUUUGGUCACUUUUGCUCUAAUAACUGAAUUUAUCCCCAAACCUUAAUUUAUACCUGUACUUCUUCUCCCUUUAUUUGUUACUGUUUCAGAAUAUCUACAACCUAUUCAAAAUAGCACCCUCUACAUUUUUACAAACCAUUCAUCGAUUUCUCCGUUGCUUUCAAAAUGUCUUCCGUAAGCUCGGCACUCAUGCGGAGUGCAGUUAAAUCUGUUUAAUAAGGCAAAAUUGUAUAACCCAAUAAGAGAAGGUUGGAACUCGUACCACAAAGAAAAGUGUCCUAGAAGAAGGUUCCAUUGUGACUUGAACUUAACUAUUUCAUGAGUUUUACUAUGUAAAGCUAAAUAUGAUGUUGGGUGUGUCGUAUUAUUGUAAACACAAAAAACGUUAUUAGAAUUAACCCAACUCCAUUUAUAUUUGUGUCAUAGUUACUUAUAAAUGAGUGUAAAACGUUUUUACUUUUCAUUAAUUUUAAUAACGAGUUUUCUUUCAUACACAAUGUUCUGAUGGUAAAAACAUUAUACUUACUUAUGGUAAAAAGAAUGCAUACAACAAUAUAUAUGAUAUAUACUCUAUAUGAGAAAGGGACGAUUUACAGGUAUUUAUGUUAUUUCCUUUUAUUUUAUUACAUUAUGCGUAUUGAAUGAUAUGCAUACAUUGAUUCAACAUUUUUGACAUCGAAAUACGUGGAUGAAAGUUAACUCGUGUAGUUCUUAUUUUUGGCUAUAAUAUUAAGAUAAUAAGUAAUAAUAUUGAAACCCGAAAAGACUACUUUUGUAUUGUUUGUAUAUGUUGAUGUUGUGUAUUGUAUCCAAGACCAUAGCUGUGGUUGUGAUAGAUGCUCAAGCAACAUUACAUUACUAUUCACUACCCUUUCCGUACCCUUCUGUACAUAAGGCCAUUCACAUGACUAAAGCUUCGAUGCCUUAUGGGUUACGUAUUUUCACAAUUAAAGAGAUGUAUAUAUGUAUUGUAAGUUCUUUAAGUGAAAGUACUGUUAAAAUAAAUCUAUUGCAAAGUUUGUUAAAAUCAAUUUGGUUAAAGUUUUUAUAAAGUUUACAUGCCGUUAUAAGUUUGUAUUUUAUCAUCGGUUUUGGCUUUCCUCUAUAUAUUAUGACCAAUACUCCAUUACAUUCCACAGUAGAAGUCCAAAGAGCAUUCAUUCUCAAUUGUUACAAAAACUUUUGUGCAGAUCUGACACUGAAUAAUAUAUUGGCAUUAUCUUUAUUUUAAAUAAUCUUGUCUUUGUGAUAUUUUUAGAAUGGUUUAAGAAUAAUUUAUUAUAUGGUUAUUGUUAUAAUACUUAAUAUAACAAUACAACUACUAAGUUGUUGUUAUUCAUAAUUUUAGAACUAAUAAUUACACCAUUUACUAUUUUAAUAUCGUUAACAGUA